AUGCCGCGCCGCUCGCCCGUGGCCGCCUGGCUGCCGUGGCUCGCGCUGCUGGGCCCCGCGGCCGCCGCCGCCGCUUGGGAGCUGCACGUCGACGAAGCCGCCGCCGGGGCCCCGCUGCUGGACGUGUCCGUGGGGCCCGGGUGGCUCUACGCGCUGGACGAGGCUCGCACGCCGCGCGCGCUGAGGGAAGCCGUGGAGGUGACGCCCGGCGGGCUGCUGAGGAGGACCGCGGUGCCCGCGCGGUGCGGCGGCGACGGCGGGGCGCCCAACCCGCUGCCUCUGCGCCUGCGCUUGGUUUCCCGCGCAGGCGGCGUUUCCCUCACGCUGCGACUGGCGGCCUACCUGCACGGGCCCGGCUGCCUCAGUGGCCGACGGGCGGGAGCCCCCGCGCACCUGUCCCUCCCCGACGCGGACCCCGCGCUGAGGCGGAGGCUGCGCGGCCGGCCUCGCUGCCCCGCCGCCCCGGAGCCUCAGGAGGGGACAGAGGAAGAGGAGACGCCGCUCCUGGAGGCGCUGCGGGCCUUGACGAGUUUCCCGCGCUGCCGGUGCCUCGACGGACCUCCCCUCAGAAGCCCUGAGGGAAAAGGCGGGAAAAGCCUCAGGCUUCUUUGUCACGUGACCAGGGCCCCCGGGGAGGUCCUGGUCGAGUUUGGUGGGCGCCAUUUUGAGGGAAGGGAGUGGGCAGCAGGUGGGCAGCACAGGUUGGGUAGGAAGAGGCGGGCGGCCUCUCAGGAAUGGCAAAUGGGGAGGGAGGGCGGCCGGGGUUCUUGGCCCCGGGGUGCGCCAUCACCGCCACAACGGACGCUGAGGAGCGCCAACUACCCUCCGCAGUUCAAGCUGCCCAACUACCAGGUGUCCAUUGCGGAGAACCAGCCGGCGGGCACGGCCGUCAUCACCUUGGAAGCCCACGACCCGGAUGAGGGUGAGGCGGGCCGCCUGACAUACUCCAUGGAAGCGUUCUUCGACAAGCGCUCCGAUGACUACUUCGCCAUUGAUGCCGACACGGGCAUGGUGGUCACCACCCGCAGCCUGGACCGCGAGACGAAGGACACCCACGUGCUUCAAGUGAUUGCGGCGGACCACGGCGUGCCGCGGCACCGCUCGGCCGUCACCUUCCUGACAGUGACGGUGAGUGACACCAACGACCACGGCCCAGUGUUCGAGCAGCCGGAGUACCGGGAGAACAUUCGGGAGAACCUGGAGGUGGGCUACGAGGUGCUGACGAUUCGCGCGACGGACGAGGAUGCCCCGGACAACGCUAAUCUGCUCUAUCGUAUCCUGGAACCGGGUGCUGGGGAGGGAGUCUUUGAGAUUGACCCUCACUCUGGUGUCGUGAGGACCUGUGCCCCUGUGGACCGAGAGGAGGUCUCUGAAUAUCAUCUUGUGGUCGAAGCCAACGACCAAGGUAAAGAGCCCGGUCCUCGAAGCGCCACAGUCACGGUGCAUAUCACAGUCGAGGACGAGAAUGACAACUCGCCGCAGUUUAGCGAGAAACGCUACUUGGUGCAAAUCCCAGAGGACGCCCCGGUAAAUAGCCAAGUGCUGCAGGUGCAAGCUACAGACCGAGACCGCGGGAACAACGCCCAGGUGCACUACAGCAUCGUGAGCGGGAACCUCAAGGGACAGUUUUACAUCCAUUCUUUUUCCGGUUCCAUUGACUUGAUCAACCCCCUGGACUACGAGACUAUCCGAGAAUACACACUGAGGAUCAAGGCCCAGGAUGCCGGGCGGCCUCCACAGAUAAAUUCUAGUGGGAUGGUGUCCAUUCAAGUUCUGGACGUCAAUGAUAAUGCCCCCAUUUUUGUAAGCACCCCUUUUCAAGCCACUGUGCUAGAGAACGUCCCUCUGGGUUACUCAGUGUUACACAUUCAGGCAGUAGAUGCUGACUCUGGGGAUAAUGCCCGCUUGGAAUACAAACUCAUUGAGCUGCCUCACCCUUCUGCACCGGUGUCUCCAGGUGGGGACAUGGGCUUCCCAUUCCAGAUCAACAAUAGCACCGGGUGGAUUACAGUGUCAGCUGAGCUUGACCGGGAGACUGUCGAGAACUACCACUUUGGGGUGGAGGCCAGGGACAAUGGCGUCCCUGUCAUGACUUCCUCAGCCAGUGUGUCCAUCACCGUCCUCGAUGUCAAUGAUAACAGCCCUACUUUCACUGAAAAAGUUUACCAGCUCAGGCUUAAUGAGGACGCAACAGUAGGCAGCAGUGUCUUGACACUGACAGCGGUGGACAAGGAUGUCAACAGUGUGGUGACCUACCAGAUCACUAGUGGCAACACAAGGAACCGCUUUGCUAUCACUAGUCAGAGUGCAGGUGGGCUGAUCACUCUGGCCUUGCCGCUGGAUUACAAGCAAGAGAGGCAGUAUGUGCUGACUGUCACUGCUUCCGAUGGAACUCUAUUUGACACUGUCCAAGUCUUCAUCAAUGUCACAGAUGCCAACACGCACCGACCAGUUUUCCAAAGUUCCCACUAUACUGUGAGUGUCAGUGAAGACAAGCCCAUUGGCACACCCAUUGUAACUAUCAGUGCCACUGAUGAGGAUACUGGGGAGAAUGCUAGGAUCACUUACAUCCUGGAGGAUAACAUCCCUCAAUUUCGCAUCGACCCUGACACGGGCACAAUCACAACUUUGAUGGAGCUAGACUAUGAGGACCAAGCCUCUUACACACUGGCCAUCACAGCCCAGGACAACGGGAUCCCUCAGAAAUCUGACACCACUUAUGUGGAGAUCCUCAUUUUGGAUUCGAAUGACAAUACGCCCCGUUUCCUUCGUGACCGCUACCAGGGUGCUGUCUUCGAAGAUGUGCCCCUCUCCACCAGUGUCUUGCAGGUGUCUGCCACUGACCGUGACUCUGGCCCUAAUGGCCGAAUCCUUUAUACCUUCCAGGGUGGUGAUGAUGGUGAUGGUGAUUUUUACAUUGAGGCCACAUCAGGGGUGAUACGGACACUGCGCAAGCUAGACCGCGAAAAUGUGGCUGUCUACAGCCUGAGGGCUUUUGCUGUGGAUAGGGGCAGCCCACCCCUCAAAGCCUCUGUGGAUAUCCAGGUUACUGUGCUGGAUAUCAACGAUAAUCCACCUGUAUUUCAGCAAGAUGAAUUUGACAUUUUUGUGGAGGAGAAUAGCCCAGUGGGUUCCAUUGUAGCCCGAAUCAGUGCUGUAGACCCCGAUGAGGGAACCAAUGCACAAAUCAUGUAUCAGAUCGUGGAAGGGAACAUCCCUGAGGUCUUCCAGCUUGACCUUCUUAAUGGUGAUCUCACAGCCCUGAUGGAUCUAGAUUAUGAGAGCCAGACAGAGUAUGUAAUUGUGGUGCAAGCUACCUCAGCCCCACUUGUGAGCCGAGCUACCGUACACAUACGCCUUCAAGAUCAGAAUGACAACCCUCCUGUGCUGCAAGACUUCCAGAUCCUUUUCAACAACUAUGUCACCAAUAAAUCUAAUAGCUUCCCUUCUGGAGUGAUUGGCAAGAUCCCUGCUCAUGAUCCUGAUAUAUCGGACCAACUUGAUUACACCUUUGUCCAGGGCAAUGAGUUAAAUCUGCUGCUUUUGGACUCUGCUACUGGAGAACUUAAGCUUAGCCGUGACUUGGACAACAACAGACCCUUGGAAGCCAUAAUGAAAGUGUCGGUUUCAGGUAAGGAAUCAUGUUGUUUGUUUUUAAUUUUGGUUGACUACAGAUAGUAGCUACAAAUGGUGGCUGAAAGUUGUUUAGUGGCCAAAUAUGUUGGCAUAGGCAAGUGUGGACUUUGUGCCUGUUUGUGCCUCUUUGAUACCCUGAGACUUCUUUUGAGGGGGGAGGGUAAAUUUUUGGAGAGCAGCCAUGGAAACUUGAAAAGCUGUGUGCUUUGCCCUGACAUUACUUUGUAGUGGAAUUUAACCAAUCUUAUUUUGAUCCACAGAAACAUUUCUGUUUAGGAAGAAAACUUAAAUGUGUCUGCAUUCUUGCUGCUGGGUAGGAUUAAGCUAUUUGAAUGUUGAGCAUAAUACUGGUAAUUAAUUUAAACCUAGUUACAGUUUUUGAUAUAUGUUCAAGGCUGUAGUCAAAAGAAGGCUGUAGUUAAAUUAGUAGUAAGAGGAAGCUUCACCGACUUCUCUAACAAGAGAUGUCUGCCUGUGUUUGGAUAUUAUAUAUAUAUAUGAAGAUUAAUGUGUUUUAAGAUUAAUGUGUCUUAAUAUUGCAUAAAAAAUGUCUCUUACAUUGUAAAAUCACAGUGGGGUAUUACACAAAGAUAUGAAAAAUGUAUGAAUUUCUUUUGCAUUCUUAGCAUUUUAGUAGCCAAAUUUGUAAAUAUUAAUGGUCAUACUUAUUAUUAGUUGUCAAAAUACGAAAGCAAAACAGAAGACUCGCCAGAAUCAAUUCCUUUUGUACAUCUGUUGCCAUUCUUUCCAAACACAUCUUAGUAAGAGGAUAAUACUUCAAGGCCAAAUUCCAUAGCAUCCUGUUUGAUGAUUAACACAGCAGAUUCUGCUUAGCCAAAGUGAAUCUAAAUGCAUUUGCUAUAUUAGUGAGGAUUAGACUGGUGCUGCUGUGGGAACAAUGCACCACUAGAUCUGAAGCAGAGAAAAGAAGACGAUGGUUCACAUUCAGAAUUAAAUGGGCCUCUAGAAAUAUUCUGAGGCAAUAUUGGAUCUUGAAGGACAUUUUUUUGGAAGAGUAGUCUUGAUCGCCUGUUGCAGGAAAAUAAAGUGCAAUGGCACUUAAAAAGUUAACCAUACUUGUGCCAAGUUUAAGCACAUUUUGAUAUCUCUUUUUUCCAUGUGCAGCGAACACACUUCUGUUGAAAUAAAUGGGAUUUAAAAGUGCUUAAUCCAUGCUGGAUUGUGUCUUAAUACUUGUAUUUUUACAUAUGAUUUCAUGGGCAAGACCUGCUCCAUCAGUUGUAUUUGCUUCUGAGGCUUGUUACCAGCAGAUCAGUUUGAAGUUAUAGGUUUGAAUUGCAAUGGUUACACGAAAUUGGCUUUGAAUGUAGUUUCAGUAAAGUCUGCACUCUGAUCCAAGGUUAGGAGUUGGUAAGAAAUGGUAGAAGCGUUCUUAGAAAUGACAGAUGUGAUUACCAGGUGCAGGGGACAAAUGUCAGGAGAUGAUUAUCUCCUUCGCGCCGUGUUUAUGAGUUUCCUGGGGACAUCUGGCUGCUUAGUGUUAGGGAGAAAAUUGUCUUUGGUGUGAUUCAGCAAGGCAGUUUGUGUGCUGUUUAAAUAGCCAAGUAUAAUAUGCCUGUGUGUGUGUGUGUGUGUGUGUGUUCUAUAUGCUAGCAAGCAUUUAUUGUCUUAAAGUGCUAUGCUUUUAAAUGAUUCAGUGAUUUUGAUGAUAUGCUUACAAGUUGCAAAUUUUUAUUUGAAGGCUCAUUCCCUACAUUGGUAUUUUGAAUAACCCUUUAAAAAAGCUCCUGGACAAAAACUUGGCCCUUAAGCUCGGCUUUCAUUUUAAACUGUGGACUUAACUCUUUAUAAAUCGAAGCCCAUACUGUGCAUCAAUAAUGCAGUGCCUAGCCUUUUGCAGUCCCUCUCCACACUGUCUUUAUUGCAGGUCUCCUGGGCAGCUGCAACUCUUGUUGACCUUUUGAGACCCAUUGUGAACAGGAUCUUGUUAGUAAUGCUUUUCACUCCAGAUAGUCUUUUCACUUUUGGGAGAAAUGGCUUCAGCAUGUGCAAAUAACGUUUUGGGAGGUGUUUCUCUCUGGCUGCUUUGUCCUGGAACGUUACUCAAAUUAGUCUGGUUCUAUCAACACCUAAUUAGAAUGUAGCGCUUUGGGAUUGAAUGGCCAUACUGAGAUCAGUGGCACAAGUCACACCCAAAUUCAGUGUGCUCCUCAUAUUUGCUGGACUAGUGAAAGUGGUGCUAACAACCAUGCUAUAUUCCACUUGACAACUGACUUAGGUUUCAUGCCCAACUUUAGAAGUGACUAAUUGUGGUUAGCACGUAAUUGUUACUUCCCCGCUAGUUAAAGAUUUCCAGAGAUAAUACACUCCAUUCUCUGGGCUUGCAGUGGCUUAUAUUUGGGUGACAAUCACAGAGCCAUCAACAAGCUGAAUCAACUGAUAGAGAAAAGUAGCUUCUUAUCUAAUGUCAGAAGAUGAAGAGUAGGUCAUAAAACAAACCUCAGAUGCCUCUGCUUGGGGUAAUAAGACAGGAAGGAGCUGUUUAUUAGUGUUCACACUAUAAUAAUUCUGAAGAUUUCAGUGGGUGGACAGGAAGCAUAUCAUCUGGAUUCCCAUUGCUAUCCAAAGAAAGCUAAACAUGCUAAGGUUCCAACAUUAUCACUUAACUAUUGUACAGUGGUACCUCGGGUUACAUACGCUUCAGGUUACAUACGCUUCAGGUUACAGACUCCGCUAACCCAGAAAUAGUACCUCGGGUUAAGAACUUUGCUUCAGGAUGAGAACAGAAAUCGUGCUCUGGCGGCAUGGCGGCAGCAGCAGGCCCCAUUAGCUAAAGUGGUGCUUCAGGUUAAGAACAGUUUCAGGUUAAAAACGGACCUCCGUAACGAAUUAAGUACUUAACCCGAGGUACCACUGUACACAAAUCUAUUGAUCUCAAUGUAUUUGGCUUUCUCUGCUUGUAUCCAUAGGUUUGCCCCAUUGACCUAAACAUCUUCAUGCAGGCCCAAAACAAGGGCUAUGUCAGACAGGUUAAUUUUUACAUGGAAAACAUUCCCAUAUUGGGGGGUGGGGUGGAGCAUGAAGUCUUUGAUUAGGUGUGACCAUUGCGCGCGCGCACACACACACACACACACCUUUUUUUCUAAAUAUACAAAGGAUCUUUGUCCAAAUCAGGUAUCACAGUGCACAUAUGUAGAGUGGAACACACAAAGGUGUAUUUGCCUCAUCAGCUGUCCUUCAUGUUUACAAAAAUCAUGAGAUCCUGUCACCCUGAUCCCAGGGUUAGAAACUCACAUAUAAAAGCUAAUCUCCAAAUGGCACCUUAAACCUAGGUUGUGGUUGCCACAGUGGAAUGUCUAGGCACCAUUUCUUUUCAAUUGGAUUUAUUAUCAUUAUCAUCGUUUCUAUACCACUUUAUAUUUUAAAUAACAAAUCUCAUAGUUGUUUACAACACAUUAAAUCAUCAAAUAAAAUAAUCCAGAAUAAAGCAAAUUCAAGCUUCAAGGAAGAUAUUUCAGACCCUUCUCUAAGGGAUAUUUUGCUUUGCCCAGUCACCAGCCUGGCAUCCAGAGAUUGUGGUCACAAUUGGACCUGUACCAAUUGCAAAAUGCACCUGGCACAUUUCUAACACUGCCUGAUCCUCUACUCAUGUAUCUGUCUACAACAUAUUCUUAGAGCACAUUUCUAGAAAUGUUUAUUCUCAAGUAAAUUCCACUGUAUUCUGAAAGUUGCAUAGGAUUGCAGCCUGUCAUACCACUGCAGUGUUUUAGUUCAUGAAUCGCUAAGGUGUUGUAAGCAUUUAGAUACUGAAACAUCAGUUCUUGGACCAUUGGAUAUUUGUUACACCUUCAACAUAAACUUUAAAAGUAAAAUGAAAACUGACAGGAAAUGUUAAAUAUCAGCAUAUCGGCAACAUUUGAGCCCAAUAAGUGAGUUGGCAUAAUUCUUGCUUUUCAUAAAACCAUCAGGUACAUUAAAUCAUAUUGAAACUGAAUAACCUUAAUAAACUUAUUGGCUACUUGAUCUGAAGCUUUGUCAAGCUGAAGCUUGCCCCGUGCUAAAAGGCAGAGAAAAAUUUAAAAUAUUUCAUCACAGAGAGCUACAUGAAACACAUAUUACUACAUUAAUUAAAAAUGUAGUUAAUUUAUGAGGAAGUUACUGAAGGUACAUAAUACUUCUGAAGCCAAAACACAUCCAAAAGUUUGGCACACAAUUGGACUAUUACUUUCUUGAAAUAUUUUGCUUGUUUAUUCUUUCCUUGAUUUUAAGUGAACAUCUUAAAAAGAAGAGAGAGACCAAGCAGCUACAAACUGCAAUUCUAGUAGAAUUCUGUGAGAAACAGUUGUUUUUUGAAAACGGUAUCUGAGGUGAUAAAUUAAAAUGUUGCCAUGUAGUCACCAUGUAUUAUCUUUUGAAUUAUUAUAUUUAUUUGAUUUUAAAUCUACCUACUGGUUGCUGCAAGGCUGAUUUAUUCUAGAUUCUGAGAAGUUCAAAUUGUAUAAUAUAAUAAUGAAUAUUUAUAUGUGAACUGGGAACUAAUGUAGCUAGUUAUAUGGGUAUUCCAGUACAAAUCCUCUGCAAAAACACUAUUCUGACAGAAAGGUGGUGUCUGGUGGCUCACUGUAUGAGUGUGAUGUAGAAACCAGCAAAGAUCAUAAUGGGUUAGGUAUUUUAUUUUUUCUUUCGCACCGAACUCCUCUUCUGAAAGUACUUUUGCUUUCAUUAUUUGGGUACAGCACAAAAAAAAACAUACCCUAGGCUCUGUACUAAAAAGACCUGCUUGUACCCAAUGGGGCUUACCGGUAAAUAGGAGUAAUGUACCCAAUGGGGCUUACCGGUAAAUGGGGGGGGGGGGAGGGAGCGUUCUUUCAAUGCUGUUUGUGUUUUCAAAUAAAACCCAGUUAGGUGUUUUAUUUCCCUUCAUAGAGGUAGAUCAUAUGUUAGACAGAGCUACCCCUCACUGUUCUGGCACCUCCAGUUAAAUUAGUUACACAAUUUCUCUAUGCUCCAGUUGAAAUGCAUCUCAUCCAAAUACUGAUGUGACAAAUUAAUCACUUCCCUAGUUUGAAAUAGGUUUGCUUGUUUGCUUGCUUGCUUGCUUGCUUGCUUGCUUGCUUGCUUGAACAAAUAUCUCCCUAAAUAUUGUUUUGUUGUGGUGAAAGUGACUGGAACUCUAAUGCUACUGAGUGAGAAAUGCAAGAAAGUUAGCAUGAACAAUGGGGGGGGGUAUCCAGACUAAGUUGCACUGAGCUCCCAUGGAAAUAAAUACUCAUGAUUAGGCAUGGCUAACUUAAGUCAAAUUGAUUUCAAUGGGAACUGUUUGCAACUAACUUUAGAUCCCACCCAGUGACUGAAUCUGAUUUACGGGUACAGAUUCGUUAUGAAAAUGCUCUGGCCCUCAUCCAGAGAACAGUGAGUCUCAAUUCAAUUCCCCAAAAGUAGAAAUAUCAAAUGUUCAGAUUUAUUGCUGAGUUCCUCUUUUCCUCCCAGUUCUUUCAAUUUACUUGAACUUCUUGUUCCUACUAUUCCACCCACUUUUUCUUGUAUUCCUCCACUUCCCUGAAAGGGUCCUUUUGCUGUUUUGUCUUUUCCUUCCUGACAGUAAGCAAGAUUGACACCUAAUAUUUUACCUUGCCUAUGAGACACAUGCGCCUGUAGUGUGUUUUCAGCCAUUUACUAUUCUCCAUACCAACUAUAAGCAGAAGGAGGCAGAAUUUGUGUGGUGGUUACACACCCAGAAUCAAACUAUGAAAUUCUCAGUUAAAUGAUCUCAGGCAGCCUGGUGGAAAGUCUCAUCUGCCUGAAACCCUGGAGGGCUACUAUCAGCACAGAAUCCGUGGUUGGCAGUAGGGGGUUUGACAGACCAUUGAUAUGUCUUGUUAAGCACCAGUUCCUGUUCAACUGCAACAGACUCUGGCUUUAUGUAAGUGACCUUGCUCCUGUUUCAGGUAUUAAAUUUUUGGGCUGCAGUUCCAUGGAGGUGGUGAAGACUUGUUUUGAUAGAAUUAUGCAGAGCAACCAGUUCUUCUAUGAUUGA